AUGGACUUUAUUGAAGGGUUUCCACCUUCAGCAAAACACAACUGUAUUUUGGUGGUGAUUGAUAAAUUUACUAAGUAUGCUCAUUUUAUGCCAUUGUCACAUCCCUACACAGUGGUGCAAGUGGCUAAGAUAUAUUUGGAUCAGGUUUAUAAGCUUCAUGGUCCUCCAAAGGUAUCUAUUUCUGAUAGAGACAAGUCUUUCACUAGUCUAUUCUGGCAGGAGUUACUUAAGCAAUUGGGGACAACUACACUUUUCAGUACUGCCUAUCAUCCAGAGCCAGAUGGGCAAACUGAGAGACUCAACCAAUGCUUAGAACAGUAUCUCAGAAGGGAUUCUAGAGUGGAUGUAGUUCAAACUAUGAUGCAAGACAGAGAGCAAUUUAAUGCUUUACUACGUGAACAACUCAUGCAAGCCAGUAAUAGAAUGAAGCAGAUUAUUGAUAAACAUCGUACAGAAAGGGAUUUUAAGGUGGGAGAGGAAGUUUACCUAAAAUUACAGCCUUACAGACAGACAUCACUUGCUCUAAGGAGAAACCUGAAGCUUGCUGCUCGAUAUUUCGGUCCCUAUAAAAUACAAAAAAAUUGGUCAGGUUGCAUAUCGACUGGAAUUGCCACCAGAGUCAAAAUUGCAUCCAGUGUUUCAUAUUUACCCAUCCGUCUUGAAUUCACGAGAGAUUACCAGACAAAAGAGCGAGUCAUGCAGUUCCUUAUACAAUGGAUAAAUAUGAGACCAGACGAUGCCACUUGGGAAGACUACACGGUGUUGAAGAAUCAGUUUCCUAAUUUCGAUCAUUGGGGACAAUGA